UCAGGGAAGGAAGAUCUGUUAUGAGUACAUCAUAUUAUGUUUAUUUAAUGUUUAGUAUUCGUAGUUGACGUUGGACUUCACUUCAAUUUACCUUUUCAGGUUUCAAGAAAAUGAAAGGGAUCUUAUUUUAUCCACAGAAAUCUUAAGCCUUUUUUUUCCAAUGUAUUUUCUUGACAUUGAAAAUGUUUGAAAGAUCGAGAUAUUGAAACAUGGCUGAUACUUGGGUCUUUCUGCGCCAUGGUUCGUAGUUUUCCAGAGUAAUUAUAGUGAUUUGAAGAAGUGAUUUAGUGUUUCGGAGUGAUUAGUGCUGCGACGUGAUUAGUGAUACGAAGUGAUUAGUUCUGCGACGUGAUUAGUGAUAGGAAGUGAUCAGUUCUGCGACGUGAUUAGUUAUACGAAGUGAUUAGUGCUACGGAGGAGUGAUUAGUGCUACGAAGUGAGGAGUAAUUAGCGCUGCGAAGUGAUUUAGAGUUGCGGAAAAUAGUGUUUGUGAGAGUUCUUUCUUAAAUUGACAGAAAUGUGACGCCUCCAGCUGUGUGUACUACAUGGAGGUGUGGAGGCCUACUCCAGUGCGAGGGGUCCGCCCCCUGCUCCAGGCCACCGACUGUCUCUCCUCCACGGCUUUAUCCUCCACCACCACUGCUUUAUCCACCUCCACCACUACUUUAUCCACCUCCACCACUAUAUCCUCGUCCUCCACAGCCUUCCUUCCUCCCUCUAACUUCUUUACCUCGUUCUCGAACGCCUUUGUGACGUCUUCCAAUACCUUUUCCAACGCCUUUUCCUCGUCGUCGACGUCGCCAUCGUCGUCGUCGUCGUCGUCGCCUUCCCCUCGCGGGUGGGGAGUGAGGGCGGAGGGUGGCUACAUGAAGGGGUCGUGUGGGGGGGAGCUCGGGAGGGGUCAAGCUGCCCCCGCCCGCCCCCGCCCCCACACACAGCCAGCCAUAGUGGUGCACCCGGAGACCCGGCUCCCAGACGCGGCUUGUCACCCCCGUGUGCCUUGUAGGACACAAGACGCUAACAACCCCUGCCUCGCUAACAACCCCUGCCUCGUUAACAACCACUGCCUCACUCCCGAACCCCUCCACCGGACACUGAGCACGGCUUUGGGCUCGUACACCCGAAUUUCCACGCACGUGAACGGAGCGACGGAAAAUGCAAUCCCGAACAAUUACUCCCACGGCGACAAUGUGGGGGAGCAGGAGGGGGGUGAGGUGGGUGUGGGGUGGUUUGGUGUGGGGGUUGAGCGCAGCCUCGACCACCCCACCUCCGGCUCCACCAUCAACGGCCUCCCCACCUCCGCUAACCACCACACUUACCGCGCCAUUGAAGAGUCGCUCAAACUCCACAAAACUGAGAACGGAAAGUUGCCUUCGGCUUACGGCGCGGAGAACGGCGUAGCGGCGUCCAGAUACAACAACAUCAGGAACGCUGCGCAGGUCUUAGCGGGGGCUGGGCGCGGGUCUGCGGCCCUGCCCCUAGACCUGGGCAUCGGGGCAGCGGGCAUACAGCAACCCACGCGCGCGCGCUCGCGUCCCUCCGGCAACCACAUAUCCAUCCGGCCCAAACUGUGCCUGCCGUCAGACGACCAGGACCCCGACAGCCCCGACGAAGGCCUGCUGGAGGGACCUGCUGGUCUGACCGGACGGGUUAAGAACCUGUGCGGCUCUUUCAAUCUGGCCGGCGACACCAUGGAAGGCAUCAUCCAGUGUCUCGUCUUCCUCAAGGCCUUCAGUCUGGUGGGAGGAGAGUUUGACAUGGAGCUGAACUUCGUGAUCCAAGAUGCCCACAACCUGAGGCACAUGCUCGAGCUCCUGGACCACUGCCCGCCGCCUCUACAGGCUGAGAUAUGGUCGGUGUUCAUCGCUAUCCUGCGGAAGAGCGUCCGCAACCUGCAAGCCUGCACGGAGGUGGGGCUCAUCACCCACGUCCUGCAGCGACUACCGCAGGCUGAUAACGUAGUGGCAGACCUGCUGAUCGAGGUGCUGGGGGUCCUCACCAGCUACUCCAUCACCGUCAAGGAACUCAAGAAUCUCUUCGGCUCCAUGAAGGCCGAACGAGGUCGUUGGCCCCGGCACUCUGCCAAACUGCUAGGAGUGCUCCGGCAGAUGCCCAACCGCUCUGGCCCUGAUGUCUUCUUCUCCUUCCCUGGCAAGAAGGGCUCGGCGCUGGUGCUGCCCCCUCUGGCCCGCUGGCCGUACGAGGCCGGCUGGACCUUCACCACCUGGUUCCGUCUCGACCCAAUCAACUCCGUCAACAUCGAGAGGGAGAAGCCCUAUCUAUACUGGUGAGUACUCGAGUACCUUUG